AUGAGCAACUACUCACGGCAGCGUUCAGAUUCAACUGAACUGCGAGGAAUUUCAGAAAAAACACGGGAAAAAGGCCAAAGUUCAAGUCCAAAUGGUAGUGUCACCAAUAGUUUUAGCAAUAGCAUACCUGAAGACACUGAAGCAAGAGGGAGGCCUCAUUUCAGAAAGCAAUACUCCAUGGGGGGUGUCGAGUCCGGUAGCUCUAGUGUGCAGGCACAUGGGGGCGCAGAACGGUUGAAAGAUGGGUCGAAAAAGGCUAGGCACAAGGGAUUUCAUAAUCCGAUGUCUUUCCACUCCCCAGAUGACCCCAUCCCACCAUUUACGCAUCCGAUUAGGCCCCGAAUCCCUCGCUUGACUCGAACAACUAGUAACAGCUCCAUCUUCUCGACUCCACAGUCGCAAACCGGGCCAUCUCAGCAGCCUUCACAACAGCGUAAGGGAUCGCGCGCUGGCUCAUUAUUAAAGAGACUGACCGGGAUGAAAAUGACUUCUGCGAAUCCUUCGGAACUUUCCGAUCAAGAUUCUACAGGAAAUGGAACCGCUCAGCCGCCUGGAAUCCGCCGUAAAAUGAGUACCUUGAUCCACGGUGGUGGUCAACAGGAUUCGUAUCCUCACGGUCAUCAUAACGCUGGUGACAAUGAAAUCAAUCCAGAGUCUUUCCUAAGGGCAGGAAAAGGUUUGUUCAGUUCUUCUGUAGCAAACAGUAGGCGUGGAUCUGCCGCAAGUGGAGCUGCAAGUGGAAUGACCGCACCAAGUGGUAGCAACUCUCCUAAAGUAUAUCGUAUGAACACGACUCGUAAUGCGGCAACUUCUGCCGGCUCGAAUACUGCUUCCGAAGAUCAAAAAGUCAUGUCGCGAAAUCAGUUGUCGGAUUCUUCAGAAAGUCCGGAACGUCCUUCGAGGAAUGAGCUUAGUCGAAGUACAAGCUAUUUUCUACUGGACACGGACUUGAACAACGUCUCUGACAUUACAAACAUACUCGGCAAGCCAGCAGAAGAAGCAGAAAAGACGAAAGACAAUUCGAAAGUGAUGAAAACGGAGACGCAUAAAGCGCCAAUGGUGGACACAGAAAAGAACGCGCCACAUGAGGCUGCGCACGCAAAAGCACAAUGGAUAGCUCCAGAAAGUUGGGAUAUUGAUGAAGAAACUGGGAAGCCGUUGGUAUCAAAAUCCAAGCGCAGAGCACAUCGUGACCAAUCCAAAAGUCGACAAAAGGGCCCUUCUGGGUCACAAAUGGAUCGAGACAGAGCUGGUGGGUUUGCUAUGCAAAGCGGGCUAACAAGGAAAGAAACAACUCCCAAGCUUGAUCCGCUGGCAGAGCUUUCCGACCACGAGCAGCCCAUUUCAAACAAUUUGCCCGACCAACAUAGGACCUCCGCUGCUUCUACUAGUAGCGCCAGCACUACAAGCAAAUAUCAAGAUCUCAGUGAAGCCACUCUUUCGACUAGCGAUUACGAGGAUGAGGCGGGCGAUGAGGAGAGGGUGCAUAGCUAUUCUACCGAUUCAACCCAGGCGCUAGAGUCAAAUGCUCUGAAAAAAGAUGAAGAAUUUGAUAAGGCGGGAUACGAGUUGGAAAGAUACUACAACAACUACAGUGACAUGGAUUCAUCAAGGAGAUACGCUAUUCGAAUUUUCAAUACCGACGAUACCUUCACCACUUUGUCUUUAACGCCCAAUACCACAGUGCAAGAAAUGAUCCCUCAGCUCAAAAGAAAAUUCAAUGCUGGGCAAGGCAAUUAUCAGGUCUCUCUAAGGGUAGCAAAGGUUUUGAAAGUUCUUUCAGCUACUGCCAGGCCAAUUUUAAUUCAGCGGAAGCUUUUACUUCUCAACGGCUAUCUGAAGAGCGAUCCCUUGUACAUCAUGGGGACCGAAGAUCUCAGCUAUGUCUUCAACUUCAUUUUCCACCCUGUGGCACCGUCUCAUCUGAGUCACGAGCAAGAACAGAGACUUUCCAGAGGCGAUUUUGUACAUGUCGACCUGAGAAGUUUGAACUUGACAACCCCUCCAAUUAUUUUCUACCAGUACACCCCCAACAUCGAAAGUUUAGACUGCUCCAACAACGCAAACAUAUUUUUGCCUCUCGACUUUAUUGAAAGUGCUAUCAAGUUGUCAAGCUUGAGAAUGGUGAACAUUCGUGCCUCAAGAUUCCCACCAAAUAUCACGGAAGCUCACAAGCUGGUCUCUCUGGACCUGGAAAGAAAUUUGAUCAGAAGAAUUCCGCCAUCUAUUUCUAAUCUGACGGAGCUCACUAUUCUGAACUUACAGUGCAAUGCCCUGGAUAGACUUCCCGCUGGGUUUGUUGAGCUAAAAAAUCUUCGACUUCUCGAUAUCUCUUCAAACAACUUUACCAAAUUUCCAGAAGUCAUUACGUCUUGUAGAAACUUGUUGCAAAUCGACCUAUCAUACAACAAAAUCCAGGUCAUUCCGAGCUCAGUGAAUCAGUUGACGAAACUGGCUAAAAUGAAUUUAGCUCGAAACAAGCUUACAGAUGUUAGCGAACUUGAGGGGCUAGUAAAUUUAAGAACUCUCAAUCUGAAAUACAACCGCCUGACCUACCUGAAGCUUAACAACCGGAGCUUACAAAACUUGGCUCUUUCGAGUAAUCGGAUCAGUAUAUUUGACGACAAACUGUCGAACCUCAAAACACUAGAGAUUCAGGAAAACCCAAUCACAUCAAUAGCUCACGAGGGAGAGUACUUAGUCAACUUGGUGGCUUUGUCAAUGAAUAAGGCCAAGUUAGCCAGUCUACCGCCCGAGCUUCUUUGCAAACUACCACGGCUUGAAAAAUUGGAGCUAAACGAAAACAAUUUAACCCAGAUUCCCGUCGAAAUUAGCCGCUUAUCAAAAUUGGUUUAUUUGUCGGCAGCAAGAAACAAGCUGGAGAGUAUUCCAGAAGAAGUAUGCGAGCUAAAAUUUUUGAAGACUCUUGACAUUCAUUCCAACAACAUAAGCAACUUGGUUAAGGGGCUGGGAAAAAUGGAACUCACGAGUUUCAACGUGUCUUCAAAUCUACUGGGAAAUACUAUUGACAUACAAGAGAUUUUUCUCAAUAGACGUGAUUCUGCACUGGCUAAGAGCCUUCUCUUUUUGAGUAUGGCUGAUAACAACUUAAGCAAUCAGUUUUGGACCCUGUUGAACAUGUACGAAAACCUGAAAAGGUUGAAUUUGUCUUACAACAAUUUUAGCGAUCUUUCAACCUUCAAGCUGGAGAACUUGACAGAGCUAUACUUAUCAGGUAACAAUUUCGUCACUCUCCAAGGAGAAACAGUGUCAAGAUGGACAUCUUUGAAAGUUUUGAUGCUGAACGGCAAUAACUUACUUUCGCUCCCUUCUGAGCUUUCGCAACUCACGCAACUCAAUGUCCUGGACGUCGGAUCUAACCAGUUGAAGUACAACAUAUCUAAUUAUCACUAUGAUUGGAAUUGGGGCAAUAAUAAAGAGUUGAGAUAUCUAAACUUUUCAGGAAACAAGAGAUUCGAAAUCAAAUCUGCGCUGGACGUAGAGAGCAGGAGGGACUUUUCCGAUUUGACCAUCUUGAAAGAAUUGAGAAUUUUGGGCCUGAUGGAUGUUACCCUAAAAACGUCUAAAAUCCCAGACGAGGGAGUGAACUUACGUUUGAGGACCACCGGUUCUAUGUUAAAUGGUAUGAAAUACGGUGCUGCAGAUACGCUUGGGCAAAAAGAUUUUGUUACUGCGAGAGAUGUUACAUUUGAGAGAUUUCGAGGGAACGAAGACGAAUGUCUGAUAUGUCUCUACGAUGGUAAAAACGAGAAUGUCAGCACUGGUCAUAGUAUUUCCAAAAUCAUCAGGGAUACCUUUCACAAGAUUUUCAUACGCCAGCUAGAGAAGUACGGCGAGAGCCCAGACGGCAUCAAGAACGCCUUACGCUUUAGCUUUCUUCAACUGAACAAAGAAAUAAACAGCAUGUUGAAUACUGUUGACAACGACAUUGAAAGUAGAAACCUUACUUCAGCAGAUUUAUUGAGCGGAUCAUCUGCUGUUGUUGUCUAUCUUAAGGGCAAAGCUGUAUACACUGCUAAUAUUGGAGACACCAUGGCCAUCCUUUCCAAGAACAACGGAGACUUUAUUCAGCUCACAACGCUCCACGUCCCAUCGAAGGGAGAGGAGUACGAAAGGAUUCGCAUUUCUGGUGGUUAUGUGAACAACCGUAAACUGGAUGGCGUAUCAGAUGUUUCAAGAGCCGUGGGUUUCUUCGAUCUGCUUCCUCACAUUCACGCCUCGCCUGAUAUUUCGGACAUACAUCUUACUACAACCGAUGAACUCCUCAUAAUUGCUACGAGCAAGCUGUGGGAGUUCGUGGACUAUCAGACCGCAUGCGACAUAUGCAGAGAGAAUAAGGUGGAACCGAUGCGCGCCGCCGAAAAGCUGAAGGAUUAUGCCAUAUCUUUUGGUUGCAUGGACAACAUGACCAUCUUGUGCUUAUCUCUAGACAAGUCAAGCGCGAGUCAGAACAACUUCACUCUCAAUAGAAACGACUUGAUAUCGAGGAGGAGUACAUUUGAGGACUCAACUCUGAGAAGAUUAAGUCCCGAAAUUGCACCUCCCACUGGAAAUCUAGCCAUGGUCUUUACAGACAUAAAAAAUUCGACAUUUUUGUGGGAACUUUUCCCCAAUGCAAUGAGAAGCGCCAUAAAAACGCACAACGAUGUCAUGCGUCGUAACUUGCGUAUUUUUGGAGGGUACGAAGUGAAAACUGAAGGCGAUGCAUUCAUGGUCGCCUUUCCGACACCAAUUAGUGCUUUAGUGUGGUGUUUAAGCGUUCAGUUAAAACUACUUGACGCUGAGUGGCCGGAGGAAAUCACAUCAAUUCAGGGAGGAUGUCUGAUCAAUGAUUCGCAAAACCAGAAAAUGUACCUGGGUCUGUCGGUCAGGAUGGGCAUUCACUGGGGAUGUCCUGUUCCCGAGCUUGAUGUCGUGACACAACGUAUGGACUACCUUGGACCUGUUGUGAACAAAGCUUCAAGAGUGUCCGGUGUUGCUGAUGGUGGACAGAUAACGUUGAGCAGCGAUUUUUACUCAGAAUAUCAUAAAAUUAUGGCACUACACGAGCACGUCGUCAAGGACAAUGUAUCUUUGAAAGAAGCAUAUGGGGAGACUUUAGUAGGAGAAAUUUUGGAGAGAGAAAUUCAUUUACUCGAUGGCAUGGGUUGCGUUUUUGAAGAGCUUGGAGAAAAAAAGCUCAAGGGUCUGGAAUCGAUUGAGCUAAUUACGAUUGCCUAUCCCAAAGCGCUGGCCGCACGACAUAGUUUUGCUGCUAACGAGUCGAAUGCAGGAUUGAUAGAUGAAAAGGAUCUAUUUCGAUUACGAUCUUUGUCGAACAGACUCGAAAGUUUAGCUUCUGUUUUGAACGGCUCGCUUGUUGAAAAGGACAUGACAAAAUUAGGCUGUUACAUCAACUUCGACAAGAAAACCUCGCUCGCAGUCUCACAGGCUUGCUCAGAAGCAGAUCGAGUUGCAUUCUUGGACCACAUAGUUACAAGAGUUGAAGCUGUUACGGCCGUCUUACAAAUUCGUCAGCGCAUGGAAGGAUCAUUAAACACCAUGCAAGGGCCUGAGAACAACAAUGCGAGAUCUAUUUUCGAAUUAGUGGAUGAGCUGUUGGCUGCUGUGCCAAUUAAGUGA